CCGCGCCGGGCUGGACCAUGGCCGCGAAGCUCCGCGCGCAUCAGGUGGACGUGGACCCGGACUUCGCGCCGCAGAGCCGGCCGCGCUCCUGCACCUGGCCCCUGCCGCAGCCCGACUCGGCGGGCGACGAGGACGCCGCGCUGGGCGCCGCGGGGCUGGCCGAGGGCGCCGAGGACCGCGGGCCCGAGCGCCGGACCGCCGCCCCGCCGCUGGCCCCCGCGCCGCCGCUGGGCGCCGAGGCCGGGCCGCUGCGGAAAGCCAAGAGCUCGCGGCGCAACGCGUGGGGGAACCUGUCCUACGCCGACCUCAUCACCAAAGCCAUCGAGAGCGCCCCGGACAAGCGGCUCACGCUCUCGCAGAUCUACGACUGGAUGGUCCGCUACGUGCCCUACUUCAAGGAUAAAGGCGACAGCAACAGCUCGGCCGGCUGGAAGAACUCCAUCCGGCACAAUCUGUCGCUGCACACGCGCUUCAUCCGCGUGCAGAACGAGGGCACGGGCAAGAGCUCCUGGUGGAUGCUGAACCCCGAGGGCGGCAAGACCGGCAAGACCCCGCGGCGCCGGGCCGUGUCCAUGGACAACGGGACCAAGUUCCUGCGCAUCAAGGGCAAGGCCAGCAAGAAGAAGCAGCUGCAGGCCCCCGAGCGGAGCCCCGACGACAGCCCCCCGGGGGCGCCCGUCCCGGGGCCGCUGCCCGGCGCCAAGUGGGCCACCAGCCCCGCGUCGCACGCCAGCGACGACUACGAGGCGUGGGCCGACUUCCGCGGCGCGGGGAGGCCCCUGCUUGGGGAGGCGGCCGAGCUGGAGGACGACGAGGCCCUGGAGGCCCUGGCGCCCUCGUCUCCGCUCAUGUACCCGAGCCCGGCGGCGAGCGCGCUGUCCCCGGCGCUGGGGGCGCGCUGUCCCGGGGAGCUGCCCCGCCUGGCCGAGCUGGGGGGCCCGCUGGGCCUGCACGGCGGCGGGGGCGGCGGCGGCGGCGCGGGCGGCGGCGCGGGGCUGCCCGAGGCCCUGCUGGACGGCGCGCAGGACGCGUACGGGCCGCCGCGGGCGCGCGCGGGGACGCCCGCCUACUUCGGGGGCUGCAAGGCCGGCGCCUACGGCGGGGCGGGGGGCUUCGGGCCGCCCGCGCUGGGGGCGCUGCGCCGCCUGCCCAUGCAGACCAUCCAGGAGAACAAGCAGGCCAGCUUCGCGCCCCCCGCCGCGCCCUUCCGGCCCGGGGCGCUGCCCGCGCUGCUGCCCCCGCCGCCGCCCGCGCCCCGGCCCGGCCCGGUGCUGGGCGCGCCCGGGGAGCUGGCGCUGGCGGGCGCGGCCGCCGCCGCCUACCCGGGCAAGGGGGCGGCCCCCUACGCGCCGCCGGUGCCCUCGCGCAGUGCCUUAGCCCACCCCAUCAGCCUUAUGACGCUGCCCGGAGAGGCGGGCGCGGCGGGCCUGGCGCCGCCGGGCCACGCCGCCGCCUUCGGGGGCCCGCCCGGGGGCCUCCUGCUGGACACGCUGCCCGGGCCCUACGCGGCGGCCGCCGCCGGGCCGCUGGGCGCCGCGCCCGACCGCUUCCCGGCCGACCUGGACCUCGACAUGUUCAGCGGGAGCCUCGAGUGCGACGUCGAGUCCAUCAUCCUCAACGACUUCAUGGACAGCGACGAGAUGGACUUCAACUUCGACUCGGCCCUGCCGCCGCCGCCGCCGGGCCUGGCCGGGGCCCCGCCCCCGAACCAGAGCUGGGUGCCCGGCUGAUCAGGGCCGCGCGCCGCGCGCCCCGGGGCCCCUGGCGCGCCCCCGGGGGCCGCUGUCUUCCCGUCCUGAUCCCCCGGCCCCCGCCGCACCCCUGACCCCGACGGACGGACGGACGGGCAGGGAGGGGCUGGGCCGCCCCACCUUUCCCGCCGCCCCUGCCCUCCCCAGGCCAAACCCCAGCCUGAGAGUGGGGGGCGGAGGAGCCAGGUGGGAGGCAGGGCGGGGCGUCUCCAAACCCCAACUUCCGCAGGACCCUCGCCUGGACGCACCGUCCCCCGCUCCCAAACUCCCAAACUCCGAUCCCGUCCCCAGGUGACACCUUCCCGGCUGGAACAGGGUCGUCCCGCGUCUCACGCCCACCUCGGGGGGGCCGGGCGGCCCAGCCAGCCCCCCUCCUCCCGCCCCUUCUUCCCUCCUCGCCGGCGCAGGCUUCUCCCCUCCCUCCACCGAGUCGGUCUCCCCGGCGUGGCCCACGCCCAGUCCCGGCCUCCCGGCUGCAGAGCCCCCUCCCCCUCCCCCGCCCGGACGCAGCCCCCUCCCCCCGCGCCGGUCCUGGCUCCUCCCUCCCGUAUUUAUAAGUGUCCCGUCGGGGCGGGCUGAGGGCGCGGCGCCCCCAGCGCAUAUCGUAGGCAGUGUACCGUGGCCGUGCCGUCCGCGUGUGCGUGUGCGUGUGUGUGCCGUGUAGAGUGCAUUGUACAGCAUAUUUUCAUGAAUAAAAUUGUUUUAAAUAUU